AUGAUGAAAAUCCUCAAUUUUCUACGAAUCUCUGAAAAUGUCUCAAUGGUUUUGUCAUUGAUAACCAAUACGAUUCUGAUCUCCCUGAUUCUAAUGAACCCUCAAAUCCGACUUGGAUUCUAUAAACAUCUGAUGGUCUUGUGUUGUGUUGUUCAAGUGCUCUAUUCGUUGACUAAUGUUUCAGCGAGCAUGGUAUGUGAAAACCGCGACGCGAAGCCGCAACGCACCUGCAGGAAUCAAAAUUCAAAUUUCAGAACGCCCAUAGCACCAAUGUUUCUUACGUUCUCUUCAGAAAAUACAAUGAUUUGGACAGAAAUCUUGCACCGUUUUCCUUGAGUGAGCAUUUUUUGUUAAGGAAAAAAUAAUCAGGAUUUUGCAGUUCAUUUCUGUGGCAUGUACACAACUCAAAUCGCCGUGCUCUCAAUUCAUUUCCUCUACAGAUAUAUACAUCUUUCACAGUACGCGACGCAUACGCAACGCGGCUCUAAAAAACACAAAAAUUUCAGCAUAAAACUGGUCAAAAUAUUCAACGGCAUCAAUUUGUAUUUUUGGAUCUUGGCGGCUUUUACUUUUGGAAUUUUCGUAGUUGGUCUCAAAUAUACGAACCUUGGUGAAAACGAGUUUCUCACCAAUCAACUUCGCGAAAACUUUGAGAAUAUUUAUGGGUUAUCUAUGAAUGAUGUGAUCUACAAUGGUCCCAUAUUCUAUAAAUGUGAAAAUGAGGUGGAUUGUGUGAAGCCGAUUGGAGUUUGGAUAACUAUUGGAGUUCUGAUGGUUGCGAUGUUGAUGUGUUAUAGUUCAAUGAUGAUUUUUGGAACAUUAUCGUUUAUUCGAGUCAACAGUAAAAGUCUGAAAUUAAGUGAGAAGUUGAGAGAGCAACAAAGACAAUUGCUGAAAGCUCUGGUGAUUCAAGCACUGAUCCCAAGCUUAUUCAUCUACAUCCCGUCAGAGAUCUUAUUCAUUACUCCGAUUUUUGGAAUUGGACUUGGAGAACAUGCGAACAUUUCGAUGAUAUUUCUUGCGAUCUACCCAGCUAUCGAACAACUUGGAGUUAUUUAUGUUGUCAAGGAUUUUCGGGAUAAUUUGAAACGUUUGGUUGUUAGGAAUAAGACAGGAACUUCGGGAGCGGUGAUUUAUUUCUAA